AUGAAUGUAAGAGCAGCAAAUGAACGUGCUGAGGUCGAUAAAGCCUUUCGUACGGCAGCUUCAGAGGGUCAUCUUGAUAUAGUUCAGUUUUUCGUUGGUAAAGGAGCACAGAUUGAAAAGCGUGAUGAAAAAUAUGGUGUGACAGCUCUCCAUUUAGCAUCAGCUGACGAUCAUCUUUAUGUAGUUAAGUACCUCGUUGGUCUUGGAGCACAGAUUGACACGUGUGAUAAUACGUAUGGUGACACACCUCUUCACACUGCAUCAGGCCAUGGUUACCUCGAUAUAGUUCGGUACCUCGUUAGUCAAGGAGCACCGAUAGAGAAGGUUAAUGCAAAUGGUUACACCCCACUUCUUACUGCAUCAAGCAGGGGUCGUCUUGACGUAGUUGAGUACCUCUUUAGUCAAGGAGCAAAUAUAGAGGUGAGCAAUACUUAUGGUUCGACACCACUUAAUUCUGCAUCGGGGAAUGGUCACCUUGAUGUAGUUCAGUACCUCGUUGGUCAAGGAGCAGAGAUUAAUAAGCAUAGUAAAGAUGGUAGGACAGCUCUUCUAACUGCAUCGCUUAAGGGUCAUCUUGACGUAGUUAAGUAUCUCGUGGGUCAAGGAGCACAGUUAGAGCAGGAAGAUAAUGCAUGUUUAAGACCUCUUCACCGUGCAUCACACAGUGGUAAUCUUGGUUUAGUUCAGUACCUCGUUGGUCAAGGAGCAGAGUUAGAGAGGGGUGAUAAUAAGGGUCAAACACCUCUUUACUUUGCAUCAAGCAAUGGUAAUCUCGAUGUAGUUCAGUACCUCGUUGGUCAAGGAGCACAGAUAGAAAGUGUAUCUGGAGAUGGGAGCGGGGUGGGUCAUGCCAAGCAGUAA